ACCGGAUCUGUCAUAGGAAAUGUAGCAAGGGACCUCGGACUGAACGUGGGGGAAUUAUCUGUUCGAAAGGCCCGCAUUGACAGCGAUCUGAACCGUAAACGGUAUUGUGACAUAAAUCCAAGCACUGGCGAUUUAAUUGUAGCUGAGAGGAUUGAUAGAGAGGCUCUUUGUGGCGAAAAGGCAUCUUGCAUCCUCAAAUCUGAAUUGGUCUUAGAGGCGCCACUUGUGUUACAUCGAAUUUCAUUACAAAUACAAGAUAUCAAUGACAAUCAACCUGUUUUUGCGAAAGACGAAAUAAAAAUAGAAAUCAAUGAAUUGGCUGUAAAGGGAUCCCGUUUCCGUAUUUUGGAAGCACACGAUCUCGAUAUUGGACAAAACGCUGUUCAAAGAUAUGUGUUGCAGACUAACAGUUAUCUAGUGCUGAAAAUGCAGACUAAAUUAGAUGGAGGCAGAUUUGCUGAACUAGUGUUGCAAAAGGAAUUGGAUCGCGAGGAACAGCGGGAAUUCCGAUUACUACUUACUGCAUUGGAUGGGGGCAGUCCUAAAAGAAGUGGCACGACUACCGUGCAUGUAAUUGUCUUAGACGCUAACGAUAACGCCCCGGUUUUUAGUCAACCUGUGUAUAAAGCCAGUCUUCCUGAAAAUUCUCCUUUAUAUACUGUAGUGGUUAAAGUGGCUGCAACUGAUGCAGAUGAAGGUCUAAAUGGUAAGGUGACUUAUGAGCUAAGUCGUAUAUCAGAGACUGGCAGAAGAGCAUUUGAUUUAAAUCACAUCACAGGAGAAAUAAAGGUAAUCGGACCUUUGGAUUUUGAAGAAGAGUCCGUUUAUGAAAUGCGCGUAGAUGCUAAAGACGGAUAUGGUCUUACCUCAGACUCAAAAGUAAUAAUUGAGCUGUCAGAUGUAAAUGACAACCCACCUGGGAUUAGUUUAAAAUCACUAUCUAACUCCAUACCCGAGAACGCGUCACCUGGUACAGAGGUGGGAAUCAUUAACGUGCAGGACAAAGACUCUGAGAAUAACGGACAGGUCCGCUGCUCCAUCCAACAGGGUGUCCCCUUUAAGUUGGUUCCGUCUAUUAAAAACUAUUAUUCUCUGGUCACCACAGGACAACUGGACCGCGAACUAGUGUCCGAUUACAACAUUACAAUCACUACCACUGACGAGGGCUCUCCACCUCUGUCCUCUUCUAAAAGUGUUCAGUUAUCUGUAGCUGACAUCAACGACAACCCACCUAUAACCGCUGCGGACCUCAGCUAUUCUGCACCGGAGGAGAUGAGACCGGGAUCCAUUGUUGGGAAUAUUGCCAAGGAUCUCGGCCUGGAAGUAGCAAAAUUGUUCACUCGUAAAGCCCGGAUUGAUACAGAGGAAAACUACCAGCAUUACUGCGACAUUGACCUCAAGACUGGAAAUUUUGUCAUCAGGGAGAAGAUUGACAGGGAGGAGCUGUGCGGGGAGAGGCUUUCGUGCAUGCUUAAAUUUGAAUUAGUCGUGGAGAACCCUUUGGAGCUGCACC